AUCCUGAAAAACUCAAAGCAGAUAAAGCGCGGCAGCUCAGCUCAGCUCAGCGCGCGCACCGGCGACGCCCGCCUCCGCUCCCUCCCGAUCGCCGCCUUCUCCUUCGCUCCCGUUCCCAUGGCUCUGUCCGUCGGCUCGUUCGCGGCAUGCAGCCUCCAGCCAAGAGCUAGUAGCAUUCGGGCGGGCCGUGCGCCGCCGCCGCCGCCGGGCGCUGCCGCGGUGGUCUCGUUUACGAGGACGGGGCGCCGGGCGAACGCGACCAAGGGCGUGUCCGCCGCGUGCGAGCCGCUGGGCCCCGACCGGCCGCUCUGGUUCCCCGGCGCCUCCCCUCCCGCGUGGCUCGACGGCAGGUAAGUGCCACGACGAGCAGAACAAAUCUCGCAGAUUGGCAUGCCGCUGACGCCAGUCUACUGGUGAAGGCGUAGAGGUACCAUUUCGCUCUGAAUUUUUUCCCCCCAAAUUGCAGCCUCCCUGGAGACUUUGGAUUUGACCCGCUUGGACUAGGUAUGUAACACUAGUGUCCCUCAGCAAAAUGCUUGCCAUAUCUAUCAAAGUUGUGAGCAUGGCACUCUGAUUACUAAUUUCUCCGUCAAAUAAUUUUAAUUUUGAUCAAAUUAUAAAAAAAUACUAAUAUUUAUACCUCUAAAUGAAACUUGUUUUGUAACAUAAAUUUUAAUACUAUUUUGUAUAAAUUUGAUUAAAUUUAAAAUUAUUUAACUUCUCGGUAAGUGAGAGUUGCAAUUUUUAGGGCUUGUUUGAUUUCAGGGACUUAAAAAAAGUCUCUGGAACUUUUUAGUAUUUAGAAUUAUUAAAUAAAUGUUAAUUAUAAAACUAACUGCAGAACCCUGGGGCUAAACUGCGAGAAGAAUCUAAUGAGGUAUCUUAAUCCAUAAUUAGCGAAUGGUACUGUAGCACCACUGUAGCAAAUUAUGCAUUAAUUAGGCUCAUUAGAUUCGUCUCGCGAAAAAACACUUAGCUGUCAAAAAACAUUUAUAAACAGAUUUUAUUUAAUACUAUAAAAUAGUAAAAUUCCUUUUGAUGUGAUAGGGACUUCUCAAAAAAGUUGGGAUCCAAAACACCCCCUUAUAUACGUAUGGAGUACUAAGCCAGUUGAAGCCGCGUGAUUCAUGUUAUGUUUGCAACUGUUUCAAGACGCUUCAGUUCCCUAGCACGCACACGGCACACACUUGGUCGUCGCCAUGAAUCUUUGCGAAAGCAAACACGUCGGGUGCACACGAGCGACACCGGCCGCCGUUGUCACGGGCAGCAAAUUAAAGCAAGCACCAAUGAUUGUACUUUAAUUUGUGCAUGCACACGAUGGGAUGGCUGCAGGGUCGGAGCCGGAGCAGCUGCGUUGGUUCGCGCAGGCGGAGCUGAUCCACGGGCGGUGGGCGAUGCUGGCGGCGGUGGGGAUCCUGGUCCCGGACCUGCUGGCGCGGUGGGGCUUCAUUGACGGCGGCUUCUCGUGGUUCGACGCCGGGUCCCGGGAGUACUUCGCCGACCCCUGGACGCUCUUCGUGUCGCAGAUGGCGCUCAUGGGGUGGGCGGAGGGCCGGCGGUGGGCGGACCUCCUCAACCCCGGCUGCGUCGACGUCGAGCCGGACCUCCCCAACCGCAAGAAGCCCGUCCCCGACGUCGGCUACCCCGGCGGGCUGUGGUUCGACUGGGCCAACUGGGGCCGCGGCUCCCCCGAGCCCGUCAUGGUGCUGCGCACCAAGGAGAUCAAGAACGGGCGGCUCGCCAUGCUCGCCUUCCUCGGCUUCUGGUUCCAGGCCGUCUACACCGGCCAGGGGCCCAUCGACAACCUCCUCGCGCACCUCGCCGACCCGGGCCACUGCAACAUCUUCUCGGCCUUCACGUCCCACUGAAUGCUAGUUACCUUGUCAGAUACUUACAAGAGAAUGGAGCCGUGAACGAACGCUUUGAACCUGGCAGCAAUUUGUUUGAUGAAAUCACAUGAGAUGCUAGGGGGAAAUCCAAUUGCAACAGUAAUUAACAAACAGAGCGCCACCGGCGGCCAUCGCCUUUUUCUGGGUUUUUUUUUCACGCUUUCUUUUUUCUCCCCCUCGCCUUUGAUCGGCCAUGUUUAGUUCAAAAUUUUUUCCAAUAUUAUCCAUCACAUCGAAUCGUCGGACAUA